UUAACUGUUUCCGAGCGUUUAUCAGGAAGUUUUCCACAGACAGAUUUACCGAAUAUAUUUUCAACAUUACCUAUAGGAACCUGUUGGGAUUUUAUUCUGGACCAGAGUCUAUCCAAAUUUGAAGGGUACAAUGGGGGACAAUAACAUACCAAUGAUGUCCACGUUGGAUGUUGGUGAUAAAGUAGUUACCGGAAUUGGCGUCGAAGAUGUUGGAGCAGCAAUGCAACGAUUCGGCUGGCCAGACUAUAUCAUGUUUGUGGGAAUGUUACUGAUUUGUAUUAGCAUAGGACUAUACUAUGCUUUUUCUUACAAAUCACAGAAUGCUCAGGAAUACUUGGUGGGUGGUCGGAAUAUGAAAGUAGUACCAGUUGCCCUUUCCCUUGUAGCUAGUUUUAUAAGCGGAAUAUCCCUGCUAGGAAUUCCAACAGAAAUUUACGUUUAUGGAAUACAAUAUAUGUAUAUAAUGGGGGGAUUUUUGCUAAUGACUUUUGCCAUGGGAUCGAUCUAUCUGCCCGUUUUUCAAGGGCUUAAAUUAACAUCAACAUAUGAGUAUCACGAAAGAAGAUUUGAUCGAAAAGUUAGAUUGUUUGGAUCAUUGCUGUUUACAUUUGGAAUAAUCUCUUGGUUGCCACUAGUGAUAUAUGUCCCAGCUUUGGCUUUUAAUCAAGUCACUGGAGUGAAUGUUCACGUUAUCACACCAAUAGUUUGUGUGAUAUGUAUGUUCUACACUUCAAUGGGUGGAUUAAAAGGAGUUGUGUGGACAGAUGUAAUUCAAAUAGUGAUUAUGUUCGGGGCAAUGAUUUUGGUGGCCGUAAAGGGCACACUUGAUGUUGGUGGCUUUAAAACUGUAUUUCAAAGGAACUGGGAAAGUGGACGCAUAGAAGGUCCUAAUUUUGAUUUAGAUCCACUUUCAAGGCAUACGAUUUGGUCUUUGGUUCUUGGGGGUAGCGUGUAUUGUUUGCAAACAGCAUCUGUAAAUCAAAGUAUGAUUCAGCGGUAUUUAGCUCUACCUUCGCUACAAUCAGCAAAAAGGGCUCUUUGGGUGUUUUUCAUCGGCGUAUUGUUGAUACUUUGCUUGUGUUCUUAUUGUGGAAUGCUCAUUUACGCUACUUUCUACAAAUGUGAUCCACUUACAACAAUGCUUGCUAGGGAAAAGGACCAGCUUCUACCGCUACUAGUUAUGGAUAUCCUUGGAGAUGUGCCUGGACUUCCGGGGGUAAUCGUAGCCGGAAUAUUCAGUGCCGCUUUGAGCUCGUUAUCAACAGGCCUUAAUGCAAUGUCUGCGGUAGUCCUGGAGGAUUUCUACAAGCCUUUCUUUCACAAACAAUUAACUGAAAAGCAGACUUAUAUAAUGAUGAAGUUAACUGUUAUUAUCAUGGGAAUCUUCUGCGUAGGCAUGGUGUUUGUAGUCGAAAAAUUAGGAGCUGUUCUACAGGUAGUACAAAAUAUUAGUGACCAUCAGUCAU